AUGCGUUCCUCGCAUGCCCGAACGGGCCGCUUUUGGCUAUUCGCAUUAUUUCUCAUCGUAUUUUCCGCUCUAGUUGUCGCCUCAGAGCCACAGCCCUCACCAGUCGCAGAUGAGGACUUGAUAUGUCACACAUCCAACCCAGACGAGUGUUAUCCUCGCAUAUUCCAGCCUACGGAUGAGUUCCAGAUUGUCCACCCUGACCAGCACUUGCCGGAAGGCCUGCAUGUAAGACUAGACAUCACAACUGGAAAGAAGGAGGCCAAGAUCAACGUUCCAGAUGAGGUCAAUCCGGCACUAGAGGGCCUGCCAGUUGAUCAGGCUGUCAUGGUCGUUGAUGCCCCAGCCUCAGAGGAGCCGGACACCCCACCGAUCCCAAGAGAUGCCCCAGAAUAUGACAUCCUUGGAAAGGUCAGGGAGCCGAAGCCAUCAGCCGGGUCAAACCAGGAGGCCGUCUCGUUCUACGACAACCUGAAACUUUUGAAAAGCCCCGAGGCUGCCACCAGCCCAGAUAUCAAGGUUGACAAGGCCCUCGAGGCGCUGGAGGAUAUCUCCCACGACAUCUACUACGGUCUCAAAAUCGCCGAGGACACCGAAGCCGUCAACUCGCUCCUCUGCCUCAUGACGCGGCCAGGAGGCAGCGAUGCGGCCGACCAGAGCCUCCCACCCCGCGACCAGCAAGCCGCCUCUGUUCUGGCCGGAACUCUAUCCAACAACCCCAAGGCUCUUCAGCAAGUAGCCGGGUCCUGGUCGAUCAUGCUGAACAGCCCCUGCCCUGACGCAAAAGGCUCCUUGGGAGAUGGGUUCUAUGGUAACGCCCUUGUGGCUUCUGGGGACCUGACAAGCAGCUCCGAGAGGCGCACCGCCGCAUCUCGCAUCAGGGCCAAGGUCGCGGUUAUCAAUGGACUCAUUAAGGACGACGGCAUCAGGGCCGAGUUCCUCAAGAACGGUGGCAUGAGCAAGCUCCUGAGGGUCCUGAUUCCCGAGCAGGCUGAAUGGGCGGGCGCCCAGCGAAAGGUCGGCCAGCUGGCCCUUGACAACUUCUUGGACGAAGACAUGGGCGCCAUCCUUGGCCAAUGGCCAACUUCCUCCAAGUUGGGCGAUAAGCAGUGCCAGAGUGGUAAGGAUUCAGGCUCCGAAGGGUGCUGGGAUUACCACGUAGCGAGAAUCAAGAAGAGCAACGGCAAGGACAAGGAGCAUUGGAGCCAUGAUCUGAACACGAGGCUGAGGAAGGCGAGAAAGACACAGCCAAAGGCUAAGAAUAAUAGAGAGCUGUAG